AUGCCACCAUACAAAAUUCGGGGUGUCAACCUCGGGGGCUGGAUGAUCUCCGAGCCGUGGAUGAUGGACAGCGAGUGGCGAACGAUGGGCUGCUACAACGGCAAUCAAAAAAUGUGUUCCGAGUUUGACUGCGUUGCGUUUCUCGGUCAAGCCACGGCGGAUACCAGCUUCAACGCCCACUACGCGCGAUGGAUCACUGUUGAUGAUAUUCAGCGCAUCCACGAUGUUGGUCUGAAUACCAUCCGCAUCCCACUAGGCUACUGGACAUACCGCGACAUUGUAUACGAAGACAACGAGCAUUUCCCGCAUGUGGAUUUGAAAUAUCUCGAUAAUAUCAUCGCCAAGGCCGCUAGUCUCGGUAUGUUUGUCGUCAUUGACUUACACGGUGCUCCUUUUGCACAGAAAGCUAGUGAUGCUUUCACAGGACAGUGUCUCCCCUCCUCGGCCUUCCCGGCUUUCUUCCAGCAGUCCCAGUAUGAUCGGGCUUCACAGUGGCUGUCGUGGAUGACAGAGCGUAUCCACAACACACCAUCUUACAAAGCCACCAUCGGCAUUAUUGAGGUUGUCAACGAGCCCCAGACUGACCGGGACUCGGGCGGCAUGCCCCAGGCUGAGAGGGAUACUCUUACCCAAGUCUACUACCCGCAGGCACUGCAGGCCGUCCGCAGCAAGGAGGCAUCUUUGAACGUCUUGGCCAGCCAGCAGCUGCACGUGCAGUUUAUGGACCAGCUUUGGGGUGCGGGAAACCCGAAGUCCAACCUACCCUCUCUAACAUCGGUAGCCUUCGACGACCACAACUACGUGGGUGGUGCUAUCCCGCAAGGGACCGGCGCCAAACAGGCCGACUACAUGUGGUACACUUGCUACGACGACAAUCGCCUCUCAGACGGAAACACGCCUAAGGUCGUUCAGGAAUUCAGCCUGACGGUGCUGGGGGAUAUCGAGUGGAAUUCUGAAUUUGACCCCUUUGCCAGCCAGAACCAGGCAUUCUACCAGCAGUGGUGGAUCGCGCAGCAACGAUUGUACGAGAAGACGAAUGGGUGGAUUUUCUGGACUUGGAAGACCCAGCUAGGCAAUCCGCGCUGGGACUACUCGGCUGCUGUGACUCAGGGGUUCAUUCCUGGGAGUCAGGCGGGGUUGGAUCAGGCGGCUAGUCGUGAUGUAUGCAGCGAGUACUUUGGGAACUGA